GAGAGAAGUGAAAUGAGAGAAGUAAACUAAAUAAUAUGUUUGACAGAUAAAGCUUGUUGGAAGUAUCGUGUUGAUUUACGUACAAGAAGUGCAAAACGUAUUCACUGGGCUGGAGGGUAACUAUAGCUAAUUAUGAUGCCGUCUCUCAUGCGAUGGGGAGGGGGACGGAUAGCCAAAGUAGUUCCUGUGCUUGCACUGAUCGCUCUGUUGUGCGUGGUUCUGUACAACCAUGAGAGCUCGCACGCCGAUGUGCGUCAAACCGCCGACUGGGUUAACAGUGUAGUUCAGAAAGCUUACAACAAUAUACACAAUUCUAAUGCAGACACGUCGUCAAAUGCUGAAGAUAGCAUUUCCAACGCAGAAACAUCGUCAAAUGUUGAAGAUAUCACACAAGACGCUGAUAUAAAUGUCAACAAUGGUAUCCCGAAUUUUAACUACAUACCCACAUACGACGCGAAUAGGCCACCAGUAAAGUGUCAGGCGCGGGGAGAUGAUUCCAGUGCGUGUGUAUAUCAGACCUUGUGUUUUGACGGUGGUACGUAUUUUGCCGUCGUUGCCAAUUCCGAUGAUGGAAUAGAAAACAACUUGCGAGGGUAUCCAAAAUUUCACAUGGGGCAGGGAAGUGAUUGUACAUGGUCAAGGCAUGAGCAAGAGGAUACGCGCCUGGACAAUAUGAUGGGUAUAGAUAAGAAGAUGGUACCCUUAGGCCACAAUAUGCUCAUCGAAAGUAGGAGUGUUGAUUUUCUGAGAAGACAAGUGGAGAACAAAGAUACUUCAGUAGGAUGGUUGCCCGACAACUCGCUGUUUCUACAGCCAUCGGUUGACAACGCGUUCCUGUCGCUAAUCAGUGUGCUCCCCUGGUGGAAUUUAUUGAGUGAUCUGAAGAACGGCAUACCUGCGAUGUCUCUCAGCGGAAGUGUAUUUGUGGAGACUAAUCGGAUCUGCGAGUCUAAUUACUUCAAUUUCUGGAAAGAAACCAUCGCCGAGAUUGGGAAAAGUUAUUUCUACAACCACAAUGUGAACGCGGUCAAAGAGGGUCUGGGUAUCAAAUCCGCUACUUCUGAUGUUGCAAAUGGUACCGAGACAAACUCAACGCUCAAAACAGCCGACGGAAAGGACAAUGUUAUUGAAAAUGAAAGGUUCGAUGGCUACCUACUUGAUCGAGAUUCGAUAUGGGACCACCCCCAGCCAACCAAGGACACGAGCUCGUGCCGUUUCAAGCGCGAUCUACACUUCAAGAAGAUUAUCUGUUCUCGGAAUGGCGUGGCUUUGGGAAAGUCCUACACACCGGUGACGGGGAGCAUUUCAAAGCAGAGACUCCGAUACGAGGUGUAUACGAUGCACAAGGAGAAGGUCACAAAUAUGCAAGCGGCGAUCAAAGGCACUGUGCACGUGCUUGUAUACGAUCGCCUCGUCAAACACGGCCGCAACUGGUACGAUCCCAAAGACUUCGUGGAACAGAUCAAGAAGAGCGCAGAUGAUAUAGACACCGACGUUGAAGUGGAGUUUGUGCCGCUCCUAAGCGAGCUAUCUGUGUAUGAGCAAUUCGAGAAGUUCAGCAGAGCCCACGUGGUGGUUGGCGUGCAUGGGGCGGGACUCACGAACACGUACUUUAUGAACACCAACUCGGCACUCAUCGAGGUCAUCCCUGUGGGUUGGAACUCGCGCUCGUUUCGUGAGCUGUACUCUUCAGGCGGUGGUUACUACCAGUCUCUCGAUGCUGUACCGGGAGUCGAGCUUACGGAUCAGUCCCUAUACAAGGCAUACCAUCUUCCAGAGUGCCAGGAGGAUGAACAAAGCUGGCUGAAAAGUCAUUACUACCAGCCGCACGGCAAUUGCUAUCAGAUGUUCAAGUACCACCCCAUCAUUGUUGACCCGGUGGAGCUGAAGCAAACCCUGCAACGCGCGUAUAGACAUCUGAAGCUGGAGUGAAGCUGAGUCGCGGGAGUGAGCCACGCCAUAUGGCGGAGACAGGAGAGCGGGCAAGAGCUCUCUAGUACUUCUGCGGACAUCUUAAAGAAGUUUGGUGACAGCAAAUGCGGAUGUGACCUAAUUUCAUGUACCAGGACUAUGUAGGGCUGAAGGGCCCGUGUGAAGACAGCUACCGUCGAACGAAGCAAUAUAGUAGCACUAGUCACACAGAUAUGGCUUGGGGCUACUAGUAUAGAGGAGCGGGAUUAACCACCCCGUCGAGUCCAUUAUCCUGUGGCCGUAGGCAUCUCUAACUAUAUACAAUCAGUUGAAUCGAUGUGGCAUUGCACCUGAUGACACCUCAAGGCUAACGGAACCUGUCUUGCUUACGAGUCAAAAGACAUACGUGUCAGGAAAGCACGUGACAGUCAUUUCAUUGUCAACCAGACUAUGUACUCCCGAGGAGUAGCUGGAGAUACGGCUGCAUCGCGCUGUCAAUCGUCUCAUGCUUGUAUCGAAUGAUAACUUACCGUUAGAGCGUAUCACAGCUCAGCACGACGAAUCACUUCAACGCGCCUUCUAUUGAGAGAAAGAAUAGAAACGAACUCGGCCCAACUUGAUACCAUGCUGUAAUCUAGGAUGGUAAAACCAUAGCCUUCUAUAUAGACAAGGCUAUGUUAAAACAAGAUUGUGGUCUCAGAGAUACGCAAAGGUAGAGUGAGAAAUAAGACCGAAAAUCAAUUGACACCCACAUGGCAUUGAGCCGCCACAAUAAGUAGCUGAUGGACUUUUGCUGCAGAGAUGCGGACUAUCUGGCUUGAAUAUGACGUUUCACGGCAACAUCAUAAUUUUAAGGCACUGAUGUGACGCGAAACCAGUUGCUGCGGGGAUGCAGUAAGCAUGCUUACGAACAAUAUAAAUUAGUAAAAGAAGAAUGGUACACAUAUUAUACCAGGCUGUUGAGGCUGCUGGGACUGUUGAUACCACAAGUACUGUAAUCAUAAGUUUUGAUUUGAUGCGCCGGCGGCAGUCAGCUUGUUGUAGUCGUGUCGAACGGAAGGAAACUGACAACGUGCCUUUCUUAAGGUCAUUCCGAUAUUUAGAGAAUAUUGUUUAUGUGCCUGCGAGUGUUCUACACGAUUAUUAAAGCUGCGUGAACCUAACACCAGUAAGGUCAUAUUCACAAACUAUGAACCCUGAAUGUAAUACCUCCUUCGAUUUUUAUUAAAUUCCAUCUCUGUAUGAUUUCUACCUUUGUAUCUGAUGUAAAUAUAUAUAUAUUCUCUGAGCGUUUUCUUCCUUUCUAUUUGUUCUCGGAAUGGUUUCACUCAUUACUUGUUCUAAUUCUUUCCCUACACUUAACACUGGCCCGAGGACUUAAGUGCUCGAAGGAGUGUAAAAUAUGAUUCGUAUUGUGGCUGAUGAGAAGCUUCGUCCCUAUUCCGUCCAUCGAUGCCAAGUGAUCCUGAUAGGCCCUCUUCACUGUCAACAAUGAUCCUCCCAGAUGUGCUUGCACGACAAAAGCGGCUACCAUGCAUAACAUAAAAUACAUUUGAAAACAAUCUAAUCCAGAAACUGGCCUGUUUUAAAAUUCGUUUAAGUGGCUUUGUACAAGUCUUUAGCAGAUAGAGCCAAUAAAGUGCCCUCGGGAUCUGCUGUCCGUCUGAUCACAGCCAGCUUCACCGUAUUCUCCGCACCAAAAUACUCUGGUCCUGUGGCAUUAUCCGAAUAUUCGCGAACCAGAUACCCUGGGUACCGCCACAGAUCUCCUGAGACCCAAUCAGGGACCAAGUCUUGCUCAGCCAAUGUAACUCUGGCCUUGACAUCCUCGUAAUCCUGCCAGCUUUUAGCGGUAAGACCGUAGUGUGUCUGUAUACGUUGACCCCUGAUGACAGGUGAUCGUUGAUCCCAUCGAUCCACGCUGCCCAUUUCCUUUCCGUCUCGGAUAUCCACGGCGCCUCCCAUGCACUUCCACUGCAAGAAGUCUAGAUUGCCAUCCUCAAAAUGGUUGAAGAUUUUGACGUACGCCUGGCGGUCAUUGAUAACCUCGAACUGGAGAUAACUAUUCUUGUAGAACACAGUUUCUCUAUCCAACUCGUCGGUCGC